GCCUCGUGGAUGAGCUCCUUCCCAAGAUCCGCUGCGCCUUUGCAAGCGAUGGAUCUGCUCCCCGCGCCGGUGGCAGAUGUUUCCACAGCCAGUGCUCUCGUCCGCGCGUCCGCCUCCGCCCUGCUGGACGAUGCGGCGCACAAUGUCGGCAAAUGUCUGUUCCCAGGCUUGGAGCAGAGUGCCGAUGUGAUUGGACUCAUCAAGACUAUUCUCAUGGCCAUCGUCAUCUCGCUGGUCGUGACUGCCUGCUGCGGUAUUGCCGCCAUCUGGUGUUUGGUCAAGCGCAUGAAGACCGGCGAGAGGAGAAUCGCUGCACUGGCUGCUGACGUGCAGACGGUCACCGCCAAGCAGCAGGGAGCCGAGACGAACGUGCAGCGACUCACGGCAGAUCUGCAGGGAGUGGCUGCGCGUCAGGAGAACCUCACUGCCGACCAGCAGAGAGUUGGUGCGGACGUGACCAACUUGGCCGCUGAUGUGCAGAGCGCCGUCGACCGUCAGGAGGCCAUGACCGCCGACAUCCAGGGCCUCCGCGCGACCGUGGACGACUUGGCCUCCGACGUCCAGAACAACCACGAGGCCAUCAAUGCCGACGUUCAGGGACUGAGCCACAACGUGAUCAAUUUGGCCACCGACAUCCAGGGACUCGUUGGCAACCAGCAAGCCAUCACCGCCGACAUCGAGGGACUCAAAGCGGACCAGCAGCGAAUGGGAGCCGACGUGCAGCAGCUUGCAGCUGACGUGCAGAAACUCGGCCCCGAUGUCCAGAGGGUGGCUGCCGACAUACAGGGACUUACCGCGAGUGUGGCCAAUCUGGCCGCUGACGUGGACGGACUCAUGACCAAUCAGCAGGCCAUGACCGCCGACAUGCAGGGCCUCCGCGCAACCGUGGACGACUUGGCCGUUGACCUCCAGAACAACACGGUGGCCAUCAAUGCCGACGUUCAGAGACUGAGCGAGAACGUGACCAAUUUGGCGACUGACGUGCAGGGCAUCGUGGGCAACCAGCAAGCCAUUACCGCCGACAUCGAAGGACUCCGCGCGACCGUGGACAACUUGGCCGCUGAUGUGCAGGCCGUCGUCGGCAAUCAGCAAGACAUGACCAGCCACAUUCAGGAACUUGCCGCGAGCCAGAAGACAACUCGGCUCGUGGUGACGGCGGUGACGGCUGGAGGACUGGCAGUGAUCUACGGGGAGCGGCGCUUGUGGGGCAUGGUGAGGGGUUUGGACGGGAAGAUAGAGGCGAGGGUGAUUGGGAAAAUAGGGGCGAGGGUGAUUGGGAGGAUAGAGGCGAUGGAAGCUCUCUUGGGAGAGAAAGUGGAGAGCAGCUUCAAGGAGCUAGAGGGGAAGAUAAAGAAGAUGAAUGGGGCUGUGGGGAAGGUGACGAAGGGGGCGGCUGGCCAGGCGGUGGUGCCACUUUGACGGGAUUUGCGGGGGUGGUUGGUGUGCUCCUCCGGGCGGGCAGUUUCUUUCAGGGUGUUCGGGAGGAGCGUUUGCGAUUUUCUAUACUGUGUGAUUUUUCUACUGUCUGACCCGAUGUUGAUCAGCAGUAUGGCUGUGCAAUGCACG